AUGGGUUACAGUCCUGAUCCCGCUGCAAGAGGCAGAGCGGCUUGGACCAUCCUCCUCCUCCUUCUUUCCACAUCCAUCCCAACCCUAGCAGCAGCAGCAGAAACCCACCCAUGGCUCAACACGUCCUACACCCCAGAACACCGCCUGCACUCCUUCCUGUCGGCCCUAACCUUCGAAGAGAAACUGGCCAUGGUGCAGGGGAAUAAAUCCGCCGAAACAAACGCCUGCAUAGGCUACAUCCCCCCAAUCCCCCAUCUAAACAUGCCAGGCAUCUGCAUGGGCGACGGCCCCGAAGGCGUAGGGAAUAAUCUCGCCAACGUAACGACCUUCCCGUCCCCAAUACUCACAGUCUCGACCUGGGACACAACCCUGAACGAGGCGUUCGGGGAUGCGUUGGGCGCCGAACAUAAAGCCAAAGGUCGGAACGUUGUCCUCGCACCAACGAUAAACAUCAUCCGCUCAUCGCUCUGGGGACGCGCCGCGGAGAGUAUGUCCGAGGACCCCUAUCUCACGUCUCGCAUGGCGGUGGCUGUGACGAAAAGCAUACAAGACGGUAAUAAUGUCAUCGCAUGCGUGAAGCAUUUCGCGGCAUAUAACCAGGAAACAAACCGCUUCGGACUCGCGCCGGAAUUCGACGCGGUCAGUGCGGUUGUUGACGAACGCGUGUUGCGGGAGGUCUACUUCCCGGCGUUCAAAGCCGCCAUUCAAGAAGCGGGUGCUGGGUCCGUGAUGUGUGCGUACAACAAGCUGAAUGGGCAACACGCGUGCGAGAAUUCCUGGCUUCUUAGCGACGUGCUGAAAGAGCAGUGGGGAUUCGACGGGUUCGUGGUGACGGAUUGGUACUUUGCGCAGCGGAGUACGGUUCGCGCGGCGCUGGCUGGGCUGGAUAAUAGCCAGCCGGGCGGGGACUGGAUGGAGUGGUAUGGGUUUCCGGAUUUCUUCGGUGGUUUGCUCGAGGAUGCGCUGGGGAAUGGGUCUGUUUCUGUGAGCAGGGUCGAGGAUAUGGUUGAGAGGCUGUGGAGGCCUGUGUUUCGGGUUGGGGGCGUUGAUAGGCCGUCUAGUGGACUUGCGGGGAUUGAUAGUGUCGCUAGAACGCAGGAGCAUUUGGAUCUUGCGCAGACGAUUGUGGAGGAGGGGGCUGUUUUGCUGAAGAAUGAGGGUGUGCUGCCUCUUGGGCUGGGGGAAGAAAAGGUCAUUGCGGUGUUUGGCGCUGAUGCAGCGGAUCAAGCGGCUGUGACGGAGCUGCAUGGGGGAUUUGUCCUUGAUACGACGAUGGUUGUCCAGAAACCGCUUGAUUUCAUCAGGGCUCGUGCUCAGCAGGACAACAUCACCGUCCUGUAUUCAGAGGCAUACCCCGGGACCAACGCGUUCCCUACAAUCCCCUCAUCCAUGUUCGGUCCAGAGGGUCUGAACGUAACAUACUGGACAACAACCGACUUCUCCGGCGCACCAAACCGCACAGUCCACGCGGACAACAUAACAUCGCAGUCUUAUCCCCCUGAUAUCGGCGCCGUCUGGCCGGACGUCUUCUCGUCCCGGUACGAGGGGACAUUCCACCCGAACGCCAGCGGCCGCUACCACUUCUCACUCUCCGGAAACGGCGGUGGCAGUCUAUACCUAGGCGGGAGACUCGUCGCCGACAUGGCCGGCAGCAACUUCGGCGUCGUCGUGCAAGGCGUCGCAGACCUCGAGUCCGGCACCGCCAUCCCCAUCCGCUUCGACUACAGCAUGGGCUACUCCGUCGACCCGGGGACAUACGGCAUCACAGUCGGGGUGAACAUCCCUGCCCAGAAUCCCAGUCUGUACGAGCAUGCCGUGGCAACCGCACAAUCCGCCGACGUGAGCAUCGUCUUCGUGAACGACGCGCACACCGAGGGGCUCGAUAGCUCGCUUGGUCUGAGACUGCCCGGUGACCAGGACGAGGUCAUUUCGCUGAUUGCACAGCACAGCAAGAAGACCAUCGUGGUGCUGAACACCAACGCCGCGAUUCUGAUGCCGUGGCUUGACAACGUCGACGCCGUAAUUGAGAUGUUCUACCCGGGCCAGCAGGUUGGCUCGGCGACGGCGAGGCUGCUCUUCGGAGACGUCAACUUCUCCGGCAAACUGCCCAUUACGUUUCCGGCGGCGAGUGAGGAGUCCCCGACAGCCAGCGUGGCGCAGUUCCCUGGCGUUAAUCUGACGGCGACGUAUAGCGAGGGGUUGUAUGUGGGAUAUAAAUGGUACGACGAGUUCGAUGUCACGCCGUUAUUUGCGUUCGGGCAUGGAUUGUCGUACACGGGCUUUGCGAUUGGGGAUCUCUCGGUCUACAGCGACCUUGACUUGAGGUCUGACUCUACCCAAGUCGCCGUCACCGUCACAGCAUCCGUAACGAACACGGGCCCUGUCUUCGGGAAGGAGGUCGUGCAGCUGUACGUGCGUUUCCCUGAGGCCGCUGACGAGCCGCCCAAGUUGCUUCGGGGGUUUGAGAAAGUCGCGCUGGACGUGAAUGAGACUGCGACUGUGAGGUUUGAUCUGUCGCAAGAGGAUCUGUCGAUUUGGAGCACGGAGGUCGGCGGCUGGACGGUUGUACCCGGGGUGUAUGGGUUCCUGGUUGGAAGUUCAUCGCGGGAUAUUAAGCGGCAGAUGAAUGUCUGGCUGCGUUAA